UUAUCGCUCGAGUGAAUAAGCUCGGGAUCACGCGAGAGCAAUCGUUUAUAGAGGUGUUUGUUGACUCACGACGAGGGCAGGUACAUUCAAACUGCGCUAAUCGCGUUAUGCAUAUAGUGCCAGUAGUAAUAGUAGUAGUAGUUUUGAUUUUGACAUUCGCCAGCUCUGGCUCUCGAGGUGGGGGCCAUUCAUUUGUUAUUUGAAAUUUGGUGCGUCUCGUCAGACCAGCUCGCAUCCAAUGAGAUAUCGCGGAGCUUGAUCGAACGAUACGAGCCUCGUGACGUUGGUUGGGUGGCUGGCUGGCUUUUGUACAUACUACGUGCGUAAUGCCGUUGUACGGGCGCGACACGCGCCUUCAGACACAACAUAAACUAUCGCAUAACGGCCACGCGAGAUAUGUUGCUGCUGCUGCUGCUGAGUAUCUGAGCCGACGACGUAGCCGCCGCCGGUUGAAUCGAAAAGUGUACGACGGAGCGACACUUUCAUUUUCACGUCUACUGGCAGGAAUCUAUGCCACGGAAAUCAUUGCCAAUUUGCCGCAACAAUGCCAAAACAGCUCGGCGCGUGUCAAUAUGUGCGCGAGAGGGCCGUCGAAGUAUCUGCUUGCGGCCAAUCUCCAUCUGGAUAGGAUCACUUCCCUCUAGCGCCGAAGCACGAGUUCACCUACGUCACCACCGGGGCGAGGGCAGCUCGCACUGCUCGCGCUGCGCGCCCGGCUGGGGCGUAGUCGAGCACUGCUCGCGGGGCCGCGACACCAAGUGCGCCGAGUGCCAGCCGGGCAGCUACUCGCCCCAUCACGGCACCCAGCCCUGCUGGCUGUGCUCGCGCUGCGGCCCGGGCCUGUACGAGGCCAAGGCCUGCACCGCGAGCAGCGACACCAUCUGCGACUCGUGCCUGCGCCAGGCGCCCGACAAUCCCGACUUCCGGCACAAGUGCCAGCAGCAGCAUCAUCGCGAGGCCGCCAUCUACCUGGCGCCCGAGGACGCCCGCAACACCGGUGAGCAGAGCGAGCUCGUCAACGUCGACCUGACGAGGGAGAUCGACGCCGAGCGCGAGAGGGAGAGGCUCCUGUGGCAGGACGCCCAGGCCCAGCUCAAGGAGCAGCAGCAGCUACGAGCCAGGGCCAACUCGUUGCAGCAGCAGCAGCACGAGCAGCAACGGCGCCAGCAGCUCGACUAAACUGGAGAGCGUCGAUCGACGCGCUCAUUUUUUUUACGCGAAACUUCAACGAAAAUCUCCUCUUGCGAGCCCGUCGACGCGUGUGAAUUUUAUCCGGUGACAUAAAUAUUCCGCAGAAAAAGUUGCAUACCCGCCUCCAGUGGAAAUAUCGCUCUGCAAAUGGAGAGAAAAAAAUAUAAUGAGCGGUUAAAAUUCGUGUGCGCGUGGGAAAGGCUGAUGAUGUAAAAUUUAAAUUUACGGCUUUUCAGCUUUCACUCGCGAACCGAAGAGACACACACACGCGCGUACACACGCACACGAAAUGCUGUACCAGCUCCCGGUAAAACUUCAAAAUUGCCAAGUGCAUUGCAUUUCGUCCUGUUAUCUCCGUGUUCCUUUUACUGACUUUUUUUAACUCGUGCAGUUUAAAGCUUCGGAUAACUUCUUCUUUUAUUUUCAACUUAGAUGAAUCGCACAGCUUUUAGAAAAGUAUGACGGAAUUUUAGAUUAGAAGAUUUUACAGAAUUCAUCGUUUGAAUCGUCGGUCAAAUUGCCCAAUUUAAUUAUGAUUUAACGUAAACAGCGCUCAUACAAACGAGUAUAAAAAAACAGGCGGCAAAAAGAAAUAUUGCGAUUCUGUAGAGACAUUUUAAUAUGAUUAAGAGGUGCUAUAUAAGAGUGCAGUGUGAGUAUGGUAUAAAUUGAUCGGUUUGACGACAGUUUUUUUUACUAUCCAUUGUUCGUUCAAAGUGUCUAUAAAACUCUACGCUGAUUUUAUAGUUUCAUACGUGUCCCCGAUUGUAUCGCGUCUUGUUUUUUAAAUAUCGGCGGCCGUAAAUCGUAUUCUAAAGUGAAAACCUAUAGCGAUUCAACGAUGUAAAAAGACACAAAACAAAUCCAUUUACAUAAGAAUGGUCAUAAAAAAUGAUUUUGAAACAUUUCUCAUGUUCGCUUCCGGAAUACGAAUGUAUUUUUGUUUUCAUUUCAUCGCUCGAAGUGUAGGCAUGACAAGAAAAAUGAACAUCGUCGAAUACAAUAUGCAAACUAGUCAUGAUUAAUAAAUAGCAUAGAGUAGUGUAUGAUCAACAAUAUGUUUGUCAUGUAAAUGGGAUUUACAAAAAAAAAAUCACGUGUAACGCGGCAUUGUACAUAAUUGUUCUUUUUAUUAUUGUAAUUAUUAUUUUAAACGAUCGAUCUUACAGUAUUUAUAUUUCAUAACAGGUGUCGAUGUUGACGCAGCGGAGAUGUGAAUCGAUCGAUGCGCGCCCAGGCAAUUAUUGUAUAAAUCACACGCAUCUCCGCGCGUGAUUUAUAAUGUACAAUGUCGAUAUGUUCUUUAUUUUACAACACAAUUCAACAUUAUGGAAAGCAGUUUAAAGCUGCACCAACUCUGCGGCGAUUCGUUUUUGGUAACAAUUAAAGCUUGAUACAAUUGAGCAUAUGUACUUGAUAAAUGUAUAUUUACAUAUAACCAAUUGAUUUUAUUAUCAAACACAUUAACACAAUAACGUGGUUUAAACAAAUGCACAGCGGGGCAUGUUUUCAUUGCUGAAUACUUUCGAUUGCUAAUUGCGCGUGUGCGCGCCAUUUGAAUCGUUUCCGAAACUACAAAUUUUCUCUCGAAAAAACUUUCUUCCACCUGUAAUUUUACAUGAUUUUUUUGCAUCGCAAGUAAGCUCUUUUUUCAAUCUCGUUAUCCUACGCUUAACGAUCUAAAAACUUUUAUUAUGGCGCAUAAGAGACUGUGAGUAUAUAUAUGUCGUUUUACCAAGCGGGAUGGUAUAAUAAGCUUAAACAUCGUGGCGCGCGCGUAGGAUAAACUCUACUAUCUCGAGUGUGUCCAAUUAUAAGAAAUAAAGUUAACCAAAUUUAAUGGAAAGACUUUUAAAACGAGAGCAAAAAAUGAGAGUUGAUGGUCUAUUAAGUUUAAACCCCAUGUAUCUAUGAUUAUGUAAGGAUUUGCUUGCCGUUCUGAGAUACAAUGGUCGAAUACGGCUUAAUUACGUGUUUUAUUUUUUUAAUUAUCCGUAAUAACGUGUUAGGGAUAACUUCUUUUAUUUUGAGGAAAUAGAUUUUAUUAAACAACCAAACAGUAAUGCCAAUUUAAGUUUGUAAGGUCGAUGUAAUUUUUGAGUAUUACGUGUACUUCCAUAGUGUUAUUCUAUAAUGUACUAUUUACAAAGAUAAACGCAAAAAUGUGUAAAGGUAUUCACAAAUGUACGUCAAAGUGCAAUACCAAAGUUUUGAAGUUAUAAGGAUUUCUAUUGACUUUGCAGUUGUGUAAUUUUCAUGCGUUUGUUAUUGUAAUAAUUAUAAGUCAUAAUAAAUUAGUCACUAAAAAUGAUAUUUUCCACCGUUUAUUUGAUAUUAAAAUCGUUAAAUGUAAUAGAACCGUAUUUUUCCUUCAUAACAUUCCUAUCCAAUUCAUUGCAGCUAUUUAACUACUUGAAGCAAUGCAGCUGUAUCGAAAAUCAGGUUUACUUGUAUUUUUUUAGUACUGAACAUCUUGAUUGGAAUUUUUUAAUUAAAUUUAUUUCAUAACAUUUUUCUGAUAUAAUAGAUAGAAUUUACAAAUAAAUGUUGAACUCGAUAUUGUUUUUUGGUUUCCGCAAUAUACGUUCAAAAACCAUACAUGCUGAACGCAUGUAUUACAUGGUGAGAUACUAUAUUUUAUCAUUCAAUGAAUCAUUUUAACUGCUUAACGUUUUAAAGUUGUUCAUUGGUCAUUUGUUUUUUCAUUCAAACAGGCACGAAAAAAUUACAGAAAUUUCAUUUGUAAACUUUUGAAUUGAUGCGGGGCUGUAACUCCGAGUUACAAAUCAUAUCAAAUAACAUAAUUUAAUAUUUUUACAUGCAAAAAGAGAAAAA